AAACUUUUUCUUCAAUAGAGAAACUCCAAAUGUCUUCUUCUUCUUCUUCUUCUUGUUCUUCUGUGGUAGUAAAGGAUUGAAACCUAAACAUAAAAGGAGAAAGGGGAAGAGAAAUGGCUUCCCAUCUAUCUUCGGUGUCCAAUUUCUGCCAUAGCCACCUUACUCUAUGCAAACAUUCUUCUCCUCCACCUGUAUUCUCUGUCACUCCAUCUCUGUUUUCUUCUAGGCCUAAAAUCUUCAACUACCCUCUCAAUCUGAACUCCAGCUCAUCUCAACCGGCGUGUUCUCUCUCUUCAGUCUCGCAGGUUUCUCUGCAAGACUCUAUCUCACAAGAAUCUCAAAGCCCAUCAUCCCCAAAUCCUCUUGUGUUACAAGAAGGGUCUCUGUACCCAGAUGGGAAAAACGCUCCUUCAUCCAAAAGCUAUAUUUGGGUGAACCCCUGGAGUCCCCGAGCUGCACAGUUUCGGAAGCAUUCGUACGAUUCCAGGUAUUCGUUACUGAGGAAGCUUGCUGCGUCUCUGAAUUCAUGCAACCCAACUGAGGAAGAUGUCGUCAAAGUGUUGUCCAGUCUUGGCGAGAAUCCCUUGGAGCAAGAUGCCGUUGUUAUUCUUAAUCACAUGGAGAACUCAAUAACGGCGCCUCUUGCUCUUAAGUUCUUCCAACAGAAACUGAAACCAAAGCGAGAGGUAAUUCUUUAUAAUGUGACAUUAAAAGUGUUCAGAAAGUGUAGGAUUUUUGAUAGAGCACAGAAGCUGUUCGAAGAAAUGCUCGUCAGGGGAGUCAAACCUGACAACGUUACAUUCUCCACUAUAAUCAGCUGCGCGAGGCACUGUUCUUUGCCCAAUAAGGCUGUUGAGUGGUUUGAGAAGAUGCCAGACUUCGGGUGCGAUCCUGAUAAUAUGACGCACUCGACCGUGAUAGAUGCCUAUGGUCGAGCAGGUAACGUUGAGAAGGCCCUCAGCUUGUACAAUCGCGCAAAGACGGAGAGGUGGCGUAUUGAUUUGGUCACGUUCUCAACGGUGAUAAAGAUAUAUGGAAGCUUGGGUAAUUUUGAUGCGGCCUUUAAUGUCUUUGAAGAGAUGAAGGCUUUAGGAGUGAAACCAAAUUUACUCAUCUACAACACUUUGUUGGAUGUCAUCGGGAGAGCUAAAAGGCCAUGGCAGGCAAAGUCUCUCUAUAAAGAUAUGAUCAACAAUGGGCUUUUGCCGAAUAGGGCAACCUACUCUGCUCUUCUACGAGCGUAUGGUAGAGCCCGUCACGCCCAAGACGCACUUGAUGUGUAUAGAGAGAUGAAGAGCAAGGAUUUAGAGUUGAAUGUGGUUCUCUACAACACCCUCUUGGCGAUGUGUGCUGAUUUGGGUUACACUGAUGAGGCUAUUGAGAUCUUUGAGGACCUGAAGAGGUCUCAGACUUCUAAGCCUGACAGUUGGACAUUUUCAUCCGUGAUUACCAUAUAUUCUUGUAGUGGGAAAGUUUUGGAGGCUGAAAGUAUGUUGAAUGAAAUGUUAGAAGCAGGUUUUGAGCCUAACAUAUUUGUGUUGACAUCGCUUAUCCAGUGCUACGGGAAAGUUAAUCGAACAGAUGAUGUCGUCAAGACUUUCAAUCGACUUCUAGAAUUGGGUAUAGCUCCUGAUGAUCGGUUCUGUGGUUGUCUUCUAAAUGUGAUGACCCAGGCGCCAAAAGAAGAACUUGAUAAAUUGAUUGGGUGCAUUGACAGGGCUAAUCCAAAACUGGGUGCUGUGGUCAAACUAGUGGUGGCAAAGGAAGCCAGUAAUGGGUUGUUUAAACAAGAAGCCACUGAGCUCUUCAGUUUAAUUGACACAGAUGUCAAGAAGGGUUAUUGCAAUUGCUUGAUUGAUCUGUGUGUUAACCUCAAUUUGUUGGAAAGAGCUUGUGAGCUAUUGGACCUGGGGCUUAUGCUUGAUAUAUACAGAGGUAUCCAGUCUAAGUCUCCGACACAGUGGUCACUAAAUUUGAAGUCUCUCUCCCUUGGGGCAGCCAUGGCUGCUAUGCAUAUAUGGGUCAGUGACUUAUCCAAAGCUCUAGAGAAUGGGGAGGAGCUGCCAUCGUUGCUCGGAAUAAAUACUGGUCAUGGAAAGCACAAAUACUCAGACAAAGGAUUGGCAAGUGCCUUAGAAUCCCACUUGAAGGAAUUGAAUGCCCCAUUCCAUUAGGUCCCUGAUAAAAUUGGCUGGUUUUUUACUACAAAUAUUGCCGCCAAGUCAUGGUUGGAGUCGAGGAGCUCAGCUCAACUGGUGGCUGCUUAGGCUUAUUUCUGGAGAGGGGCUUUUUCAGUUUUCUGCAAAAAUUAGAUUCAGAAGCCCAUUUCUAUUAAACUUUUCAUAAUCAUGGCUCCUCUUAUUAGGUAAUUCUCUUCACACACAGAAAAUUUUGUACUUUGUAAUAAGAGAAUAGUUUUUCAAAUCCUUCAUUUCUA